AUGUGCCUAAAACUACCAAACUCCGGGGACAUCCUAAAGCUUCUGAUACCAAGCUUUAGUCGAAAGGCUAUACGUGGCUGAAGUAAUUACUCAGGUUUUUUAUUAGAUUGUUGAUUAAAAAAUCUAAUAGAUAAGGUAACAAGUCAGAAGAUGAUCGAAAGAGAAAUGGAUUAUCGCGGAUCUAAAUCAGUAAUACCCCAAAAUAUUACUGUAAAAGAGCAACGAGUAGACGGUAGUUGAUGCAUUAAGCCUGUCCCUAAAAACAAGGAAUUAAUGUGUUUAAGGUGUACUCUAAUGGGCUUCGAAAGAAGUUAUCAAAUCAGAAUCCUUUCUAAGGAAUUACAUAAAAAAGAUAGAAGGUUCUAUUCUACUUCAAAUAUUUACGUUAAUAAGAAUAUCAAUCCUUGAUUUUUGACUGGGUUUAUAGAUGGUGAAGGAUGUUUUAGAAUUUCUUUGACUAAAGUCACUAGAGCUAUAGGUUGAAGAGUACAACUCUUUUUCCAAAUAAACUUACACAAGAAGGAUAUAGCAUUGUUAGAAGAUAUACGUGACUACUUUGGCGUAGGAAUGAUACAUAAAUCUGGGACAAAUCUCGUCCAAUAUAGAAUACAGACUUUUGACGAAUUAUCUAUUCUAAUUAAUCAUUUGAACGAUUACCCAUUAGUUUCUCAAAAGAAAUGAGACUUUGAACUAUUUAAACAAGCUCAUGAAUUAGUUAAGAUGAAUGAGCAUUUAAAUAAAGAAGGUAUUUUAAAAAUAGUUUCUCUUAAAGCAUCUUUAAAUUUAGGACUAUCUGAAGCAUUGAAAUUAGCGUUUCCUAAUGUAAAGAAUGCCACGAAACUUACAUCUAGUACUGUAAGUAUUCCUGAUCCUCAUUGAUUUUCAGGGUUUACUUCUGCUGAGGGUUGUUUUAUGGUAGGUAUUGCUAAAUCUAAAGAGUCUACGACAGGAUAUCAAGUAUAUUUAUCUUUUAUAGUUACUCAACACGUUCGUGAUGAAUUAUUAUUAAAGUGUUUGAUUGAUUAUUUUAGUUGUGGAAGAUUAGCCAGAAAGAGAGAUGUUUAUGAGUAUCAGGUUUCCAAGUUUUCAGAUGUUGAAAAGUUUAUAGAUUUUUUCGAUAAAUACCCUAUCCUUGGAGAAAAGUCCAAGGACUAUUUAGAUUUUCGUACGGUGUCAGAAAUAAUGAGAUCAAAAGAUCAUUUAACUGAAGUAGGUGUUGCCAAGGUACGAAUAAUUAAACAGGGUAUGAAUAGAGGUCGGUAA